AUGGCCUCGCGCGCCUCUCGCCUGGUCGGCCGUCGAUUAGGAAGGCGUGUGGCCAUUCCCGGCAGUGCGACAGCACUGGUGCUUGGCGCUGCGGCAACACGGCCUGGCGACAGUGACCCGGGCCGAGAGGCACUUAUCCAUGAGGUCCUCAUGCCUGGUCGUUUGCUCAGACGGCAGCAGCUUUCGCAAGGAGGCGAGCUGCAGGUUACAGCACACCGCGCCACUCCAGCAGGUGCGCUACCUGAAGGUUGGGUGCAGGAGUGGCGUGUUCUGCGCUUCAUUCCCGAGAACCGGUCUUCCGACUUGAUCCAGGCAAUAAACCGAGUCUCGAUCGACGAGCUCGGUAACCAGAGGCAGCAUCUUCGAAAUUGCCUGCUCAUGCCCUACACAAAGUCUGUGGCAAGUUCGGUCUUGGCAGCGCUCGAGCUGGUUUUGGAACGGGCGCCCCUGACUGACUCUGAGAAAGAGGAGCCUGAGCUUCGCAUCCUGUGCAUUGGCUUCGGGGGCGGAAGCAUGCCAGCAUUCUUCACAGAAAUGCUUCCUGACUGUCGGGUGGAUGUAGUGGAGCUGGAGCCUGCUGUCCUUGACGCGGCAGAGUCCAUGGGCUUUGCGCCACAUCCUCGGAUCAAUGUCUACUUGGACGAUGGUGCCAAGUUUGUGCAUCAAGCCGUGCACAGCACUGGCGGACUGCACAGCGGGAUGUACGAUGCAUUGGUCAUCGAUGCCUACGACGUAGAAGGCAACGCUCGCUGGGAGGACGGCGGCGAGCUUGACACCACUUGCGACGAGUUGGGAACGUUUCCGCGUUGGUACGAAAUCGGCACAGGAGAGCCCGUUCAAGAGCCUCCGCAUCAUGACUUUCACACCUGUAGCUCGGAGGACGGUACCUGCGUGAACAAUGUGAUGAGCAUCUUCGCCGGCUCGUGCACAUGGUGGUUUCGGCAAGACGGCAAGUCUCACUGCUUGAAGCUGACAUGCGACAGCUCUGUCCUUAGCAAUUGCGAGAACCGCAAGCCGCCGAGCUAG